AUGGAAAUUGAAAUGGAACUUCGGCAGAGGAUAGAAGAAGAAGGAUUUGAAAUUGCUUUUAAUCCUCCCGGUGAUGGAAGCUGUUUCUAUCGGGCUGCAGCGUUUCAACUGGGACUUAAGUCGGAGAUCUUACACAACCUCAUUUUUAAUUAUCUGGGAAACCAUCAGUUUGACGUAAGUUAUUUAACCGUAGUAUAAGUGACUGCGUGACCGACAACAGAUGAUGACAUAAGCGACGCCCGGUUAAUAAGAGUAUUAAAAACAAACGGAAUGAAAUGAAAUAUUUUUCUUGUACUUAGUUUUUACAUCAUUUUCCUUAAUUGAGCCCUAAUCCAAGUCUUUUUUUUUUUCAUUGUACACUAGGGCUCAUUAUUUUUCCUUAACGUGUAUUUAUUUUUAAGCCUUAUUUUCCUUGCCUCCCAGUUCAGAGGUUCACUUUAAACGAGCUGCAUGUAUAUUUGUCACAAUGUUCGUAACAGAGCAUCUGAAAAGCAACGUUUUGGGCAUCACACUUUUCUCACUGCGCACACUGAAAGACUAUUGGGCAGACUUUUUUUUUUAGGAAAAAUGAAUAGUUUAAAGUUUUGAAACCACCUGAAAAGCCGUCUCUUGUACGAGGUUUUGUGACAUUUUUUUUUUUUUUUUAAAUAGGACCAGGGAAAUGACCGCUUGGCUUUCUUGUGUGACGUCGAUAUGGGUGGUGAAAAGGUGCCUGCUGUGUGGUCAGAAGCGUUGAAGAUCCUGGAAAAUAAUUAUGCUAAUUCUUUAGUGAUUAGCGCCUUUGCAAAUGUGAUGCACUACAAGAUCAUGAUUAUUACAGUGCAUGGGGUAAAUAGUUGUUGUCAUCCAAUGUUUCACGUUUGUUUCCAUUGCUUUCAGAAAACGAAAGUAAGUUUUUAACUAAGGAGUAAUAAAUUGUUUUCUUUACAUUUUAUUUUACAGGAUGACAAUUUCGUUAAAGUUGUGGAGCCUCAGUUGGGUCCCUCAGUUGGCACUCUUUACUUCGGACACAGUGGUAAUCACUACGUCCCAUUGAAGCUCAAGCAAAGGGUGGGAUUGGUUACUUCCAUGUGCUAUACAUAAUGUAAACAGAUGUGCCUGGGUUCGUUUCACAACUUGGGCACAUGUUCAUAUUUGACCUGUGAUACGCAAUUUCUGACAAACAAAUAAUCAAUCAGUCAGGCUAACAUUGCAACUAACUCGCUAAGAUCUGUUUAAAUUUCAUACAGUUUUUUGGUCCCUGGGUUAUAUUCAGGACGUCACAGUAUUGCUGACUUACUCAACCUUCUCACAUUUGUUUCAGGCAUCAAGCUAUGCAACGGCGGCGAGAUCUUCCAAGGGAAAUUCUGAGCCACGUACUCGUAGUUUUUCCCCUAAAAUCAAAGAGGAACAAAGUGCUCAAGAAAUUAAAACAUCCUCCGGUAAAACUUUCAAAGCUGAAAGGACAACGACAACAAAGGUACAAUUUUAACGGGGUGACUCAUCUAGUUCUAACCACGUAAUCGUUUUGGUUCUGCCUUUUUUUUUGGUGGAAGUGGGAAGAGGCGAGGCGGAGAUAAAAUAAACGUCAUUAGCGGUAGAUACACUAAGAAACUCAUUCUGUUGUGUCUAAUUUCAGACACCCAAAGGACGAAAAAAUCAAGAGAUGGAAUGGUGGGAAUCCACAGAAGAAUACAACCCCGGGACGAGUUUAUGGAGAGGACGAAAAAUAUCCGAUGACACAUCCUCUUAUGGAUCGGAUCUUGAAAUAAUUGAAGAAAAGGAAACUCCAAAAGACAAGUCAUUACAGGUAUGUAGGAGGAAUUUAUUCGCGUUUUUAACUAGAAGAUACAGAACUUCAACACUUUACCUAUACAGGCCUUGCAUUUUUUUAAUUUAGAAGAGCAAGCAGGAAAUUAAGACGACGGUUGCAGAUAUUAGUGAUCAGAGUGUGGUUGAAAUAAGCUCCGACGAUGGCAUGGAGGUCGAUUCGCCCCUUAAACAACCCACCCGGAAAAGACAGCGUAUUUCAUCAGUAAGUGAUUGUAUACUGACUGACGAAACUGAACACAGAACAAAACGACUGUCCCAAUAUUCUUCCUCCUUGAUUCCUACAUCGCCUAGGUGAUCACUAAUUUACGUUGCACCCUCUUACCCAGAACCUAUUUGCACAAUCCUGCGCGCCGAAGAACACUGGUCAAUGUUUAAGAAAAUUAGGCAACCCAUCGAUCUGAAAAAUUUGGUUGUCACGUGACUGUUCCUACGUCCGUCUGUUGGUCCGUACGGCCAUCCCCAUACCUUCAAAAAUAAUAGAGUAGCAAGCACCAUUACUGUAGGCACCUCUGUGGACAUCCAUGUUACAAUUAAUUGAUAGCUGACCAGUAUCACGUAAUGAUCACAAUUGAUCGUUUUUUGAGUUUCUUAUCCAAGAAAAAAAAUCCUCUUUUCCCGUUAUGGUUAAUUAUUGAAAUAAGUAGCUCUGCUUUUAUUAGUAGCUUGAAGCCGUGCAUGGAAAGGAAAUUUAGAAAUCAACGUCAAUGCGUAUAUUUGUCCGCUAAGAUUGCAGAAUUUUUAGACACACAAAAAUAUAUCUGAACCAAAGAAUGUUGUGUAGAUAUCAUUUGUAAAAAGUCAUUGUUGUAGGUUCUUUUAGGCUCGAUUACCAGCCGCUGUUGGAGAGAGCGGCAGAAAUCGACCUUAAUUUUUUUUUUAAUAUAACAGGAUGACAGCAUCGAAGAAUUAAUCGCCAGUGUAAGUGGACUAAGUUCCAAUGACAACACGCCUCAAAAGCCACGUCUACCAGCAGUUAAAAGACCCAAAGAGGACGCCCAGAGGUCACCCGCAAAGCAGAAGCUAUUUGAUGAAGAGUACGUAAUCAUUCUUUUAUUGAUGUAAUAGAGUGUUGGGUUUAGGUGAAUGGUUUUCUGUUUUGAUAAAAAUGUGCACAGAAUGGAAUACAAAAAACUAAUUAGUUAUAAACGUCAAGGGAGUAAAAACAGGGAAAUUCCCUCGAGAUCAUUACAAGUGCACAUGAAAAUAAACGUCUCUUUUGUUGUUUGGGAGGGGUAGACUAGAUGGCGGCAUGCAGAUGUGUUAGUGGGGGUUAUUAUGAUACGAUAUGAAAAUAGCCGUGGUGUUUUAUCAAAAGUCUAUGCUUCUUAAGCAGUUUUCUUCCUGAAGCGUUAACGACCUUUUGCAUUUAUUGGUAGAGAUAGCGACAGCAAUGGGGACAUCAGCGUUUUAAGAAAGGGACGUAGACUGUAUGCCAACCAAGACGAAAUUGACAAACUCAAGCCAGUUCAGGUGAAGAAGGUUCCUCUGGCUCCUCAAGGUCCUGUAAAGUAUGAAGUGCAAUACAAUGAUGCGGACCCUUUGUCAGUGGUUGUAGACAACUGGAAGUGGGGUAGAGCAAAACCAUGCAAAAGAGCGGGAUUUUGCAAGGGUGGUAGAAGGACGCUUCAAUUGUGUCUCGGUUCGCUAGAAUGCGCAAACAAGAAGUGCGCAUAUUUAAAAAUUCAUAAGUCUCCAAACAAAGUCGAUUUUAAUCGAUCAAAACGUUGCGUUCACUGUCACAGUGAAGCCAUUAAAAAGCAUUGUUCAGCAAGAAAAUAUGUUGAAAACGACCGGUGCCACAAAAAAAUUCGCCUUUGUCACGGCCCGCCAUCUUGGAUUACGUCAUUGAAUAUUGUACAUGAGGUCGAGGCCACGCGUGGUAAGUUCACAAACAAAAUGGCGACUAGUAGCGAUAGCGUUGAACUCGAAUUUUGGCACAAAAAUAUAACAAAAAUACCCAAAGUUACAAACUCUUUUGUUGAGGAUUUUGCUGAGAAGAACCUACCGAUCAAAGCCACUGUAACAAGAGGAUAUAAAUUCUUUCACGAAGAAUAUAUUCACGAUAUUGAAGGUGAGCCUCGUUGACCUCGUGGUAGCUUUCUUUGUUUGACUGUCUUUCCAAUAUUUUGUUUCUGUGCUCAGUGUUUUGAGUUUUAACUCUUUUUCUCGGUUUUUAACAGUAAAACUUUGCAAGGAAGAGGAUUCAGGAGUAGUGGCUCGGGCUAAAUGCUUCAGAAGUAUGAAAAAAAGAACGAAGAUCCUCACAAGUUGUCUGUUGUGUUCGAGAGCUCCUCUAUUGAGGCUAGCAUCAACAAGUAUAUGUGUAGUUGUGCUGCUGGACAAGGUCUUUGCCAUCAUGUUCUUGGAUUGCUCUAUACUCUUGCCCAUUUCCAGCUAUUAGGCUUAAAAAGUGUCCCGCCAAUGGUUUCUAAAACAUCAAAGGCACAGGUAAAAUUUAAUAAUAAUAAUAAUAGAUUUGAUGAUAAACAAUAAGAAAAAACAGUCAUUAAUGUAUAGAGAUUUGACUGUAUCUUACCAAUAUUUUUCCUUAAAAACUCCUUUUAAUCACACUGCUGUUUUUUUAAACAUAACAAAAUAAGCAAUUUUGAAUUCAUAUAGUAUAUUUGUAUAUUAUUUUUUGCAGAGAUGGCAUAUCCCCAGUCGUAAAGAGGGCAUUAAAGCAAGGCCAGUGACAGAUUUGAUUAUACAAAAGUCAAAGCCAAAAGAUAAAUUGCAUGAACCUAAAAAGAAGAGAAAGGUGUGUGGUGUGGCAAGCACGAUCUACAAACCCUUCCAGCAAUCAUUAAGUAGCCUUGACUUGACUAGUGUGCUGUCGCCACAGUUUGAAAAUCUCAACAAUCAACCUGGAUUUAUGAGAAUAUGGGAAGAUGAACAAAGUGAGCCUCAAUUUUAGUAGACUCGGCCUUUGGAAAGGUGCCAAAAGGCUGUGUCAUAAGCUAUCAACAGCCAUUGAAAGUUAAGAGCAAUAUUAACAUACAGCUACCUGCAUUCAACUUUCCAUCUUUAAGCUAUCCAGAUACAGUGCUCAAUGAAAAACAAGACCUUUUCUUCAGCUCCCUUGCAAUAUCAGGUCAACAGUCUAUUGACUUUGAAAUGGAGACAAGGGAACAGUCAACUACAACAGCAUGGCAUGAACUAAGGAAGUUUAGGCUUACAGCUUCAAAUUUCAAAGAUAUAUGCUCAAGAAGAAAAGACCAUGAAAUCCUUUCUACGCGUUUACUAAAGGGAAAAGUAAUCCAAACUGCAGCCAUGAAAUAUGGGAUACAAAAUGAGGGGGUAGCUGCUGAUAUGUACAAAACACAGUUUGGCAGAGACACUCACCUAGUAGGUUUUCUUAUAAACCCAUGUCUCCCACACCUAGGGCUGUAGCCCAGACAGAAGAGUGUUUGACGACACUGAACAACAUCCAUGGGGCCUGAUAGAAAUAAAGUGCUCUCCAGCAAGUCAUCUGGAUAACCUUCAGUAUUUAAAGUUUAAUGAACGAAAUGGGUCAUAUUCAUUGAAGAAGACACACAAGUAUUAUUAUCAAGUUAUGGGAUGCCUUGGUUUAACAGGAAGUCAGUGGUGCGAUUUCUUUGUUUACUGCAAGGACGAAUUUCACUGUGAACGAGUAUAUUUUGAUGAACUUCUCUUUUCUGAAAUGCUGGACAAACUGAAUUUAUUUUUUUUUUGAUUAUCACCUGAAUACAUGUGUUCAAUAAUUUAUUGUAUGUCUCUUAUACAAAAUAACUUCGUGCCUAAGUAACAAGCUAAUUGUGUGUGACAAAGUUUGGUGGGAAGUGGAGUAAAGACAUUUGAAUCAGCAUUCUUAAAAUGUUAAAAUGUAACAAGUCAAACCUAAUUAGACUCAGAACUUGUUCUAGUAAUUAUCAUUACACAGCUGUUUGCAGAAAUUAUUGCCACAACUUUAAAAACAUUGGGUUCAUGAUUGGUAAUUUAAUAGUUUUUGUAUUUUUUCCAAAAAUACAAUACUUAUGAUAAUUCAGUUUCAUUUAAGCCUAUAUGUCUGUAAUAUAUUGUAAGCGCCAUAAUUUUUACAAACAGCUGUACAUAUUUCAUUGUUUAUCAUGCAUUCAAAUACUGUGACUAAGUUGGGUGUAUUUCAAGCCAUUUAAUAGUUUUUUACUGUUAUUAAACAGAACAUUCUGUACAAACAUGAUAAAUAAAAAUACAUGAAUGACUUCAACAGGUUUUGUAUUUAAACCCCAAAAGGGCAUUUUUAUAAUAUUUGGCAAUAAUGAAAUUUGUGAAUAAAUGUAAAGUUAUUAAAUUCAUAAUUUUUUUUUUUUUUCAAAAAGCUAGUUUGAAAGCUUGCAUUGAAUCUGUAAAACAAAAAUAGUACUAACAAUAUAAUUUUUACUGAUUUUACUGUUUAUUUUAAUGCCUAACCAAUAUGCCAUGUACAUACGAAAAGGGUGCCCCUAGGGGAUAGGGCCACCCUACUAUUCACCCUUCCACAUCACAUGUUAACAGAUGGCAUAGUUCUUACCUAGGUUGGACCUAAUACGUAGUGUACCCUCACUCAAUGUCAACUAACUCUUAGUUGUUAAAAGUUGUUAGUACUAUUUGUAUUACAGAUCCUUACAUACUUUACUUUAAAUGAUGCUUACUCUUCCAUCUAUUUUACAACAAUUGUAUACAUAUUUAGAAAUAUUGCUUUUCAUGCAACAAAGGCCCCUGGAAAUUGGUAAUAAGACAUGCCACUGUCCAUAUUUGAUUAAUGCUGCCAGCUACUGUAAGAGGUAUAACUUUAUCAAAAUAGUGAAACUCUUUCACCCUUCUUAUGGCCCUUUCCACAUGGACUCUUAAAUUAUGUAUCUGUUUACUGGUUGAAAGUUCUUUCUUUGAAAAUUGACCCUUACUUGACAAAAAGGCAGGCAUUGCUACUCCACAACCUAUUGGCUUUAAUAGAUCCUCUAUAGUAAAUCCUUUAUCAGCCAUUAUUUGAUCACCUGGCUCAAGUAAAUUCAACAAACCUGAUUGCUUAACAAGCUCCUUGUCAGAAAUACUUCCUUCAAAAAGAGAACUUACAUGAAUAAUUUCCCCAGAUGGAGAUAUUACAACAUUGCCUUUGUAAGUUGUGUGGUUUUUAUAUGAUGAAUAGCAAUUGCUAUUCAAAACCAUACUAGAUGGUGCUUGUACCUUGAUCUCUGAGGCAUCAAUAAUACCACGGCAUUUAGGAUAUAACAAUUUAAAACACUUAGGCAUAUGUUUGUCAAUUUUUGCCCGAGAGGGCCAUAUAGGAAUGGUUCCCAAAACAAAAUAGAGAAAGUUAACCCAAGAAAUAAAAACUCUACUCACAGUUGAAAUAGAAAUAUCAAAUUCACUGGCUAGUUUCUCAUUAAAAGUACCCAGCCUCAGCUUAGUAAUGCAUAAAUAAAACUGAUCAAAUAAGCUAAGUUUGCAUGUCUCACAAUACGUCGCGAUUGCGUAAUGGCGGCUGUGUCUUUGAUAGUCCCAGUAAGUCUGUACUUUCUUGGCGUAUUUUGCACACAUUUACUCUGGCCAGAUGUAUAUUUCGCUGGCAGAGUCAUCAGUGAAUCUAAAGGCUUCGAAACUCGGCCGACUCUCGCUUCAUUUAACGUGAAUUUGGUGAUAUUCUUCGACAUUCGUCGCCACAUGGCUAUCCGCCAUAUUGGAUUUUACAAACCAUCAACCGCUUACUUUGCAGCAAGGGUCAAGCGAUAUUCGAACUCAGAGUCGACUUUUCAGCUGGAAAGGUUAGCAGUCAGUGGCGAUAUUUCACCAAAUCCAGGGCCUGAUAAAUGCAGCACAUGCUUAAGAUCUAUCGCUCGUAAUCAUCGUGUAUUAUGCUGUGCUUCAUGUUCAAGUGAGUACCACAUUAAAUGUGGUGGUGUGAAGCCUUUCGAGUACAAACGCAUGCAGCAGUUUGCAAACCAAGUUUGGAUCUGCCCAAUGUGUAUUUCUAGACAUUUAAUGGAACAGCUACCAUUCUAUGAUGUGAGCAAUUAUAUUACUGAAUCGUUGGCAAUUUCGGAGGAGGUAGUGGAGACUGACUUGGAACAGGAGGACGCUACACUGAUGAUUGACCCACUUCAAACUGCCAGACAAAAAGAAUGGCAAGGAUUUAUUGGUGUGUCAUUUAAAUAUAAACAGUAUCCAGAAUAAAUUUGAGGAAUUGAAGGAUAUUAUUCUCAAAUCAACUGUGCAAAUUAUGGCUGUAAGUGAGACAAAAAUUGAUGGAUCGUACCCAGAUUGUCAGUUUCUCAUACCGGGUUAUUAUUUACACCGGAAUGAUAGGAAGAAAGGAGGUGGUGGAGUUCUCAUGUUUGUUUCUUCCAAGAUACAAUCUAAGAGGAUAUCCAUUGAAAGGAAAUACAAAACAAUCGAGCCUCUGGCACUAGAGAUUGGCCUUAAAUCAAGAAAUGCAAUAGUCGUGGCUAUCUAUAGGCCACCAAAGAAAGUCACUGGAAGUUAUCAACUAUUGCUAGAAGAAGAACUGAGCCAUAUUUCCAACUGGGCUGGAUUGCAGUACUCAACUGUUAUAAUGACUGGUGACUUGAAUUUGAAUAGGCUUAAGCCAGAUAGCACUGAGGGUAAACUACUGCUUGACCUUGAAGUGGAACAGGGAUUUGACUGUAUGAUAACCACACCUACAAGGAUACAAAUGCAAGGAUCAAUUACUACACACAGUCUGAUAGAUGUUAUUCUCACCAACCAACCACAAUUGUUUGGUGACUGUGGAGUAUAUAACCCAGAGAUCAGUGAUCAUGCACUUGUAUAUGGGUUCUUGAAUGAGAAGGUAAAACCUCAAAAAGGCAAGAUUGUUAAAUUUAGAUCAUUUAAACAUCUUGACGCAGAAAAGUAUAAGGACGAACUGAUGCAGGCUCCCUGGCAUGUAGGUGAAAUUUUUGAUACUGCUGAUGAUAAGACCAGUUUUUUGGAAACAUUGUUAUCUAGUAUUGUUGAUGAGCAUCUUCCGGAAAAGAAAAUGAGAGUGAGGACUCAAGAUGUCCCUUAUAUGACAAACGAAUGGAAAAAAGCCAUUAGGGCUAAGAGAAGAGCAGCAAAGAAAUAUCUGAAGGUGCAAAACAGAGAGAAUUGGGAGGCUAAACGUAAAGCAAGAAACGAGGCCACUAGACUCAGGAGAAAGGCGAUAAGGGAGUAUUGGAAAGAUCAAACUACUAAAUUGAAAUGUAAGCCUGGUGAGUUCUAUAAAACAUUUAUGCCCUUCUUGAGUGAAAAGAGGAAUAAGGGUACCACUAAUGAGUUGAGCUUAAACAUUGAAGGAGCGAUAAGUCAUGAUCAAAGUAAGAUUGCAAAUCAUCUAUGUCACUAUUUUUCUACCAUUGCUGAUGGUAUUGGUGACACAGAAGGCAUUACUGACUCUUCUUUUGUGACUCAUUCAAGUGUUCGGAAUAUCACAGAGAAUAUGAUAGGCCAUCAAGACUUCCAGUUUCGGAAUCUGGAGAUACUUGAGGUGGAGACCGCACUGGAAAGUAUUAACCCCAGAAAGAGUACUGGUUGGGAUGGUGUCCCCCCCAAAGCAUUUAAGCUGGGUGCUAGAGAACUAUCAGGGCCUCUGACAGCAUUAUACAAUUCAUGUAUAACAUUGGGUGAGUGGCCUGCGGUGUGGAAGAAAGGAGAGUGGACACCAGUAUUUAAGAAAGAGGACCCCCAUGAGAAAAAAAAGAACUAUAGGCCCAUAACUGUACAAGUUACUAUAAAUAAGAUUUUUGAACAGUUACUUAGUAAACAGCUUAAUUAUAGUUUCAAUGAUAAAUUAUGUGAUAAACUGACAGCCUACAGGAAAAAUCAUAGCUGCGAAACAGCUCUACUGGCUAUGACAGAGAAUUGGAAGAUAUCUUUAGAUGAACAUAAAGUGGUAGGUGUUCUUUCUACGGACAUGAGUAAAGCCUUUGAUUCCCUCUACUAUCCACUCACACUUGCUAAAUUAAAGGCUUAUGGUAUUCGGGGGAACAGUCUAAAAUUGUUGGACUCCUACUUCACUGAUCGGUACAAUAGGGUGAAGUUGGGAUCCACAGUGAGUGAGGGGGAGGGGGUCAAGGGGAUGUCCACAGGGCUCCGCAUUUGGACCAUUGAUAUGGAACAUGUUCCAAAAUGAUCUGACAUACAGUGUAAAUUCUAAUUCUAAUAUCAAUAUGUAUGCAGACGACCACCAGUUCCAUGCUGCAGGCAGUAAUGUUACUGAGGUGCAUGAUAAGUUAAUAGCAAGUGCCGAAUUAGCCUCCAGAUGGUAUAGAUCGAAUUUCUUAAAAGGGAACUAUGACAAGUAUCAGACAAUGACACUUGGGAAUAAAAAUAAUGAUAUGGAUAGUAUUAUAAUUGAUGACAAUGAAGUUAAAUCUACCAAGUGUUUAAAACUUCUUGGGGUAUAUAUAGACAAUAGGCUUCAAUUUGAUGAACACAUUGCUAACAUUUGUAAGAGGAGUAGCCAGCGUGUUGGAGUCCUGAUGAGGCUCAGGAAUAUGAUACCAACAGACACCAAGCUGAAGUUGUUUAAGGCAGCCAUUCUUCCGUAUUUAACAUACAGCCAUCUUGUCUGGCAUUUUUGUAGGGCGAGUGAUACUAGAAAAUUGGAACGUAUUCAAGAAAGGGCACUUAGGGCAGUUUACUGUGAUAAGGGGAGUAGUUAUGAUAAAUUAUUAGACAUGGCUAACCUAAGUACACUGCAGAACAGAAGACUACAGGACAUAGCCAUUCUUAUGUAUAAGGUAAAGAACAAUUUAUCUCCUAAUUACAUAUGUAGCCUUUUUCAAAUUCCACAACUUAGGUACACACUGCGUAAUAAUGAUUUUGGUAUACCUAGAUUUAAUACUGUCACUUUUGGAAAACAUUCGCUUAGAUAUAUGGGACCCAAAAUAUGGGCAAUUGUACCAAGAAAUGUAAGAGAACUGACAUCCAUAUCAUCUUUUAAAUGUAACAUACGUAGAAUAGACCUUGUUUCUAAAUUGACUGAUAGUAAAUGUGAAAACUGCCUUUUAUGUAAGACUUAGGUUAGAUUUUAAAUUGUACAUAUAUAUUGUUUUAUUUUUAAAUUUCUCAAAUUUUUAGGUAGUAUUUAGUGUCCCCAGUUAGUGGUUGUAUAACUGCUAUUUUAGAUUUGACACAUAAAUAAAGGUUGUAUGUAUAUGUCUUGAGAGUGUCUCUCAUGUUACUUAUAUCUUUCCCACUUUUUGCUCGUGCUCUCUGUACUUGGGACCAUGAAAACAUACUUUCAGCUGUGGGUCUAAGGGCAUUGAAGGUACUCACAAAAAUAGCAAAUGACGAAAAGCCAGUAUGGAAUCUAACGCGUUUGUCUGACAUCCCUUUCAGUUGUCUGUAAAAAGAUUGUUUUGAAAGCAGCUGUUCUAAUUGUUCGAUACGAGCUUGCGCUGCCUCAAGUAGCUCUUCUACAGGCUUUUCGGGUUCAGUAAAUAAAUAAUCAUGUAGGUUGACAGUAGGUGUUAUGAUUGUGGUGUCAGUAGUUACGGUGGAGUCCUCCAUGUGGCUGCUAGUAUCGAUGACAUUUUCGUCUACGCUUGAAUCUUCGAUGGGCCCAAUUUCGACUGUGGGAAUGUAGAAAAUAACAUGUUUAGAAAUAUUUAGGGCGGGCCUAAAGUACGAUUUCAUAAAAAAAAAUACCUGUAGAGGAGAUUGGCUGUAUAUUAUCCACGACAUCAAUCUCGGUUGUGUUAGUACGUGUUGUGCAUUCGCGUUUCGUUGGUGACUUUCGUUUCUUUGAUAAAGUUGUCCAUUCAAAAACGGAUGGUACAGCACCAUUAACGAGUACACUUUUUUUCCUGUUAGCGUUUUUUUUUUAUAUCUGUGGGUUUAAAAUGAUCAGAGCAAACUCUUGUACUGUUGGUUAUCUGAAAGAUAUCGGAAAAAAAAUAUAAGGUUUGCUAUAUAAACAACGCUGAAACGACGCUAAACUGAACUAUGAUAUAUAAAAGGCCAUUUACCUUGAAGGACCGGCCGACAUCACGCUUAAUUUUUAUAAUCCACUGUCUUCUUAAGUCUUUGUCUUUCGGGAAUUGAUGAAAGGUUAUAUUAGACUGCACUUUUGAUCUAUUGUUAUUGCACUUAGGAACACAACAGUGAUCUUUGUUCCGCAUGAUCGCUCGAGUGUUCAGUGUGUCAAGAACCACGCGUGACCUCGUUUUCAUGCCAAAAAGCAUUACGUCAUUUUCAAGAUGGCGAUACCGUGACAAAGGCGAAUAACAGUAAUCUACUUACAGGAACACGAUUGCUCUCCAAAGCAAGAAGAAGAUAAGCCGUCUAAAGAGGAAGUAGAAAACAUUCUCCGUAUAAAACCUACUAAAUCAGCAGGUCAACUACAGUUGGACGUUGUACGCGAGGCCUUACUUAGUGGUAAAGAAGUAGACGAGGUGAACGAGAUAGCUUUAAGAUACAGCAACAAAAAACAUCUUCAGUAUAUACAGAGUACCAUUAACAAGAAAAAGAGACCUGGAGGAUCGGAGAUAGAAGCUGUUCAAUUGCUUAAGGACGAUUUUCUUGCCAGGAAAUUAGAUGAAAACUUAAUUAUGUGUGUUGGCGACGAUUAUGUCAUUCUUUCGUCUGAGCAUAAGGUGCGAUUAGGUGCACUCAUUACUCUUGGCACUGUUGACGAACCAGUAAGCCUCGAUGGCUGUGAAAGCCGCGCGCAACACUACACAGAAAUUGAGAUGACCACUUACGACCCCAUCUUGAGACGCAAUGUCAAAUUAGUCAGUAUGUUUGCAGCCACACCAGGUGAAAAUUCAGAUAACGUAAAAAAUGGUGCAGUCUUUUGA